CCACAACCAUGAGUUGGAGCUAUUUUUGGAAGGAUCGAGCUAGAGGAAUGCUUUUAGUGCGGCAGAUAGAAAAUUAGUCCAUGGUUUGUUGGAGUCACAUGUGCUGGCAAAAAAAGGUCUAAAUGUUCUUAAUGAAGGGAAAGGAAAUAAAGGUCAACAUACUUAAAAAACAAAUUUACAAUGAGGAUCUAAGAUGAGAGUGGCAAGGUUGGCCGGCAUGACACCUUUGGAGUGGACCUUCCAAGAUGCUCGGAAGAAGGGAUAUUAUGUUACACAUUUGGAGGACCACAAUGAGCUCACCCAUCUUUUUCUAGCACACCCUGAGUCCAUUUUAAUGCUUAGAGCUUGGUACCACGUCGUUGUUAUUGACUCUACUUACAAGACUAACGAGUAUGGGAUGCCAUGCGUAGAGAUUGUGGGUGUCACACUUGUGAAUCUUAAUUUCAACAUUGCAGGUGUCCUAGUGCUUGAUGAAACAAAGGAUACCUACCUUUGGAUUCUUCAACACUUAAAGCACCUUCUUGGAGAUGUCAUUCCGGAUGCAAUUGUGUCCGACAAGGAAGGCGGAUUACUUGUGAUUGUGGUUGAAGUAUUUCCCUUGUCGAGGCAUUUAUUAUGUGUAUGGCACAUUGAGCAAAAUGUUCAAGAAAAGUGUAUGACCAAAGUGUGCAAGCCGGGAGUUGACAAAGCAGCCGCGAAAAAGAUCGUUGUAAUCAUCAUAAAGGGUUGGAAAAGAGAGGUAUAUGCCCCUACAGUGGAAGAGAUGGAGCUGGCCUUGAACGGCUUUAGACGUGGUUGAAGGGUCAAUCGAAGAAGAAGCCGAAGCUAGACGGCAGUCUCCCUGGGAGCUGUAUUUUUCUCACGAUGCGAGGAAGGAGAUAAGGACUGUUUGAUUUGUUUUUUUUUUGUAUUUCAUUUCUUAAGGAUACAUAAGUAAUUUUACACUUUUAAGUUAGGGCGAAAAAAUAAACUAGGGCGAGGUUUAGCCAUUCAUAACUUUUAUUAUGGGCGUGUGACUCGACAAAAAUAAAAAUAAAAUAAAUAAAAUUAAGCAAAAUACACUUCAUAGCAAUAAUUAUUCACUUUGUGAUACCAAUAAUCAAAUUUUGAAAAAUAU